AUGGUUAAUAAUAAUAAUAAUAAUACGAUUGACAAUGAGAGUAACAAUGUUAUACGGUAUACUGAAACGCUAAAAAUUGCAGAAAUUUCACCAACAAAAAGUACUGACAGUAGAACACAUUCCCCAGAGGUAUGCAAUUUGUCCACAUCAUGUUUAACUUAUCAGUGUGAACUUCCAUCGCAGCCUAAUACUACUACUAAUAAUAAUAAUAAUGAUAACAAUCAGCAGACAUUACAGCAGGUGGACAAUAUUUUAUUAAGACAAAAACUAUUCACAUCAACUCGAUAUAAUCUACAUCAAAUAAUUCAUUUAUCAAUAAGUUUAAUUAUUUUAAGUUUAUGCUUAUUAUUGAAUCAUAUUUUACGAUUAAUUAUUUAUGGAAAGCUAAUGAAAUCACAAAUAAAUUAUUGUCAUUCAUGGAAUUUUAAUCAAGGUUUACAUGAACCAGAAAAUAUUGAAUUAUUUAAAUUAGUUCAUGAAAAUUUACACAUUCCUCAAUGGUAUUUAAAUGGUUGUCUACUGGUCGAGAUUGUCAUCACUGUAUGUAUACCGGUAGUAUUUAUAACACAGAAACACUGUUUAUCUUUAUUAUCUUAUUUGUCGUGUAUGUCGCCAGUGUCAAAGCAAGGGAACUCUACAGAAAAUAAAAUGAUGUCUACUAAACAGGCAGAAACUGACUACAGAAAACCGAUAAAAUCAGAUGAUAUUAACCUAUGCAAUCUUACAUUACCAAUAACUUCGUGCAUCUCAACUACACCGAUUGAUAAUUCACUGUCUUUUAUUCCUAUGAAUACGCCAACGAUAUCAUCGACACUAACGUCAACAGAUACUGUAAUUCCACCGUGUGAAUUAUUAAAAUUGCAAAUGUUUACAAGAGAACAGUUUGAAAAAAAAGUCAACUCACAAAUAACAGAUAUUGGAUGUCAUUUUCAUGGAACACUAACAAGUUUACCAACAUGUUCAUCAAAUGAAGCUUCAAGUCGAUUGGCAACAGCAACAGCGACAGCAACAACAACAACCUUAGUACCUGUAUCUAUUAAACUCGUAAAUUUACAGCCUUUAUGUUGUCAACCAUGUGAUAUAUUUACAAGUAAUACUAUCAAACUGGAUAGCAAAGGAGUCAGCAAUAAUCAUUUGAUAGACUGUGAACUUUUGAAUAACAAUAAUAAUGAUACUUAUCCGGUUGAAACUACAGCAUCAAUUGUUAAAUUACAUGUCCUAUCGAUUCUAGUGGAUUCGAUGAAUGACUCCAAUAUAAAGUUAGAAGCUUAA